GAAGCGCAUGUCUGCCGUGGUUCGCACGCCCAGCGGUGAGUCCUGGCUUCUGGCCAAGGGUGCGGACAACGUGAUGAUGGAGAGAUCGGACCUUGUCCCGGAAUGGCUGACGCUGAGCUUGGCAAACUUCUCGAGGAGUGGUUUGCGAACCUUGGUUCUGGGUCGCCGGCGUUUGCAUCUGGACGAAGUGCAGGCAUGGCUGCAGACUUACGAUGCUGGCUUGGGCGUUGGGAGGAAUUUGGAUGCUGCACAAUGCGCGUUGGAGGACCGAGAAGCCAAGCUUCAGGCUGCCGCAGAGAGGAUUGAGGUUAAGCUGGAGAUGGUGGGCGUGACUGGCAUAGAGGACACUAGGCUAUGCCUAGACCUGUCUAACGUGGAACUCCUGGGGCUAUCCCGAGCGCUUGCAGCCCAGGACAUCCGGGUCCUGGAGCACUCUGAGGACGUGGAGCAAGCACUGCAGGAGCUUGCUUCACCAGAUCCCGAUGAUUUUGACGAGUCAGCACUGAUGGUCACUGGUGCAGCCCUGGAGCAGAUCACAACUGCGGGGCUUCUCAAGGACUUUCUGGAUGCCUCAAGUAGCUGCAGCGUGGUGAUUGCCUGUCGCGUCUCACCUCUCCAGAAGGCGCAGCUGGUGCGUAUGGUUCGUGAAUCUGCAGAUCCGCAGCCUGUCACCCUGGCUAUCGGAGAUGGCGCCAACGAUGUGCCGAUGAUCCAGGAGGCCCAUGUUGGCGUAGGCGUGUCCGGCAAGGAAGGUCGUCAGGCUGUCAACGCAUCCGACUUCGCAAUUGCGCAGUUCAGAUUUUUGGAGCGGCUGCUGCUGGUCCAUGGACGGUGGGACUACCGCAGGACAUGCAAGUUCAUCUUGUACACUUUCUGGAGGAAUGCAAUCAUUACAAUGCUGCUGUUCUACUACACCUUUUUCUCCGGGUAUUCGGGAACCUGCAUGUUCACAAGCACUGUUUGGACAUCUUUCAGCAUGGUCCUCUUCUGGCCGAUCAUUGCAACUGGUAUCUCAGAUCGCGAUGUUACGGACAAGCAGGCAGUGGAACAUCCUUCACUGUACGAAACCGGCCGGCUCGGACUGGAUCUCAACAUCACUAAGAUGGUAGAGAUGUUGCUCUCCGCUUUUGUCCACUCAUUUGUGAUCAUGACAAUCGCGGUAGUGGCAGUGAUGGACCUGGAUGUGGCAGCAACGGGCUCCUACUACUCCUUUGGGUUUAUGGUGUUUUCCUGGGUGGUGUUGACAAUGAACUAUCGGGCCACAUUCAUUACCACCACCUACAACUCGGUAUUUGCCGCUGCGCUCGCAGUCUCGUUCAUUUCGUACUUGCUUUUUGCUUUCGUGUACUGCAAUCUGCCCUCCGUAUUCCCAGAGGUGUAUGGAAUCUUCCGGCAUGUCGUGCGGAACCCUGUCUUUUGGAUGGGAAGCUUGGCAGUGCCACUGUUGGCGGUCAUGAUUGACAUGUUCAAGGCAUACUUGGUGCUCGAGUUUUUCCCUGACAAGCGCGACCUCAUCCUCGAAGUGAGCUUACAGGGGAAGCUCUCCGACAUCUUUCGACAUCCUGCCGGGGACUAUGCCCAGCGCGGGCGCUCCUCCAGUUUGCAGAGGAGCGCAACUUGGCAUACUGGAGAAGUGUCCACCAUCAAUUCGAGCUAUGCCUUCAGCUUCCCAGAAGGUCAACGCGUGCAAGCAGUUGGGUCGAUUCCUCGAGUGCCCAUGGACUUUGACACCACGCUGAUAGAUGCCAUGCCAGCGCAGACGAUGCGGCCCUCGCCGAGCUUUGCAGCCGUUGCGUCAGAGUCAGACUCGGGCUCUGGAGGCAGCGAAAGCUACGUGCCGCCACUUCAGCGGCCCAAGUCGAGCAACUUUGCGCAGCAGAAGAUGCCUUCCCUGCAGUUUGCAUUGAACCGCAAAGUUGUCCUGGUGGCGCUCAUAUCCUCAGGCGUUCUUUUCGUGCUGAUGGGCCUCAUGACGCUUCUGUACUCCUUGAGCUCAUCACAGUUCAGAGUGGUCUAUGAUGCUCCGCAUGAUUGGCCGCGAUGGAGUAUAGAGAGUGAGGCCACUUAUGUCGGCGAACGCUUCCUCCGCCAUUGCCCUGCUCCCAAGACCUGCAGCUUUGAGAUUGCUGUUCCUGCUGACCUUGAUCCACCAAUUCAGGUGUAUUAUGAGAUAGCUCCGUUCCUGCAGAACUAUUUCACAUACAUCAGCUCCGUCGCCUGGCAUCAACUCCAGGGACAUUCUGACCCUGAAGCUGGUGACCUGUGCGUGAGCCGCACGCGUCAGACGCCGCAAGGGAAGGCGAUCUUCCCCUGCGGACUUAUUGCAACCUCGGUGUUCAACGACACCUUCGAGCUGGAAGGAAUUCCUAUUGACACAGAGUCGUCCCACAUGCCUGUAUGGCGAGAGUUCCACAACCCAGCCGACUAUCCAGAGCGCCCCAAUGUGUCCUGGCUCUACCAGCGGUAUCCAAUGGUUACGAGCGAAGAGCUGGGUGUUCAAAGCAAGCGAUUCAUCGCGUGGAUGCUGCCUAACUUCUUGGGUCGAGCGGGGAAGCCUUAUGGAGUCAUCUCGCAGCCACUGAAGCGGGGGCAGCUCCUGACUUUGCACAUCUCUUCCACGUUUCCGGUUGCUGGGAUGGGAGCCCACAAGACCCUGCUGCUGACCCGAGGGGCUCAAAACUACACGCUUGCCUACAUCCUGUUGACGA